CAAGAAAGCAUGUGCGGUUCGCCGAAAAUAUAACGUGACUUGAGGUUAUAUUUGUUAUAUUUCUAAGUUAAAAUGUCCUUUCGCGGAAGAGGAGGCGGUGGAGGUGGCGGUCGUGGAGGAUUUGGAGGAAGAGGAGGUGGUCGUGGCUUUGGUGGUGGCCGAGGACGCGGUGGCGGAGGCGGCGGUGGUUACAGACAACAAGACGCAGGUCCCCCUGAGUCCGUGAUUCCUCUCGGCCAUUACGGCUGGACAGUUCAAGAUGACCUUGUAUGUAAAGUAGACAUUGAGGACGUACCUUACUUCAAUGCUCCAAUUUUUCUUGAAAACAAAGAACAGAUCGGCAAAAUUGACGAAAUAUUUGGAAAUUUACGAGACUAUUUCGUAUCUGUAAAACUAGGUGAAAAUAUAAAGGCCAAAAGUUUUAAAGAAGGGCAACAAUUUUUUAUUGAUCCUGCAAAAUUAUUACCUUUAAAGAGAUUUUUGCCACAACCACCUGGAGCGAAACGCGGCGGUGGUCGUGGCGGCCGAGGUGGACGUGGUGGCGGUGGUUUUGGCAGAGGCGGCGGCGGAGGAUUUAACCGCGGAGGAGGCGGCCGAGGCGGGGGUGGAUUCGGCAGAGGUGGAGGAGGUGGAUUUGGUAGAGGAGGCGGAGGAGGUGGAUUUGGUAGAGGAGGCGGUGGAGGUGGAUUUGGAAGAGGAAGCGGUGGUGGCGGCUUCGGAAGAGGAGGCGGCGGUGGUGGAUUUGGCAGAGGAGGCGGAGGUUUCAGAGGUGGACGUGGAGGAAGAUAAUAAUGUGUAUGAUUCUUGUACAUGUGCAAAGACUGUUACUAGAAGAUAUGUUCUGACUCUCGUCACGUUUUAAUAUAAGAAUGGUUAUUCAUGAAUGAAAGCUGUUUAUUCUUAUAAAAAGUAGUUAAAAAUAUUGCAAUAUCAAUGUAUUAAGGUUACACUAAAAGAUACACUCAUUUGUAAAUAACCAUAUAACAUUUGUAUUGAAUUUUUAUACUUAUAUAAUGUUUUUUUUCAAGAUGACAAAAGUAUAAAAUAUUGCUAUGUUUUGAGGGCUCUACAGAUUACAUAUUU